AAGAAUCCAAAGACUUGGCUCUGGAUUUUAUCAAAAUAUACAGGAGACUUUAGAUAAAAUUGAGUGGCUAUACCGUCUGCAUUGACUUUAAGUCAAAACACGAGAGUUGAACUUUCCUUUGCAGCUGCCAUUCUCACAGAGCUCGUUGCAGCUAUCAGUCUAAGCGCCAACUGUUGAAGAUGAGUUCUGCACAUGCGUUAAAGAGAGGGGCAGGGGUACUGUUACCGUUGGUUUUCUGAAAGUUUCUGCAAUUGAGAAGUGAUGAAGCUUUGAGCCACAAGAAUGAGCUACGAAGGGGAAUUUAUCCAGUUAUUGCUUCCAAGUCGGAAGAUGUAAAGCUCCAUAAGCUUCCUUGUUUCGGCUUGGUGACGCUUUAGUGGCAUAACCAUAAAAUUGCAAAGGGUUAUCGAAUGCCAGUGACCCAGCGAAUCAAGAAAUUAUUUACCCAAGGUUUUGAUCUUCACAGAGGGAAUGGCGUCUGAUAGCUUCUUUGAAAGCUUGAUCUUAUUCUGGGAGGAAUGGGAGUUGCGGUUGCUCGUUUUGAUGAGUCUCAUUUUACAGAUUAUCCUCGUUGGUUUAGGCAACAGAAGAAAGUACUCGGCUGGGAACAAAAUUGCAUUCGUCUUAUGGCUCGCCUAUUUAUGUGCAGACUCGAUAGCAAUCAUUUCUCUUGGCAUCCUCUCACGCAGCCAAGGCAAAUGCAGCGAUGCUUUCGUAGAUCUUGAGUACGUAAUAAUGGCCUUCUGGGCUCCAUUUUUGCUCCUUCACCUCGGUGGCCCUGAUACAAUUACUGCAUACUCAUUGGAAGAUAAUGAAUUAUGGCUUCGGCACUCGCUCGGGCUAAUUGUUGAGGUUGCGGUGGUAUUGUACAUCUUUGUCAGGUCCAUGAAGCCUACUCAGCUAAAUUUCUUAGCCAUUCCAAUAUUCGUUGCAGGGUUGAUCAAGUAUGGUGAAAGGACUUGGGUUCUCAGAUCGGCCAGCAGUCAGCAACUCCGAAGAUCGCUCCUUCCACAUCCUGACCCUGGCCCUAAUUAUUCAAAAUUCAUGGAGGAAUACACAUUGAAAGAAAUCGAGGGGUACGAGCUGUCUCUGAAUGAUAUACCACCUCCUAGAGUUGCUCCUCUUGACCACGAGGUCAUGCUACAUAGCCGCUUAAUGCAAGAGGGCGAUGCAUUGAUCAUUGCUUAUGACUUUUUCUUGAUCUCCAAGCGCCUCUUCGCCGAUCUCAUCCUUAGCUUCCAGGAUCUCCAGAAGACCCAACCAUUCUUCCUGGGAAGCAACUGGGAAGAUGCUUUCAAAGUGAUUGAAAUGGAACUCGGAUUCAUGUAUGAUGUGCUCUUCACCAAAGCCACGAUUGUACAUCAUUUCUGGGGUGGCGUUCUCCGAUCAAUCAGCUUUUCAUCUACUGCUGCUGCCUUAAUAGCCUUCUGCCUGAUUGAUUUGUCUGGCUACCCUUCUGCGACUGUGAUAAUCAGUCUAAUCUUGCUGGGCGGAGCUAUUGGUCUUGAGCUAUAUGCGAUUUCUGGGCUCCUUUCAUCCGACUGGACAAUGCUCUGGAUGAGCAGGCAUGACAAUUUACGAGCAGAAAUGAGGGGGUUGAUUUCACGCCUUCAUUCUUUGUCUAUCAACAAAAGGUGGUCCAACUGUGUCGCGCAAUUCAACAUGUUAUCCUCUUGCUUGGAGGAUCGGAGGGUCAGGUGCUGUGGACUCCUAAAUUGGAUACACAAACAGCUAGAAGACUACCAAGACGAUCAGAUGGAGCCAGUUUCUGAAUAUUUAAAGAAGUCAAUCUUCGAACAGCUCUUGGAGAAGUCUAAUAAAGCUAGGUUGGAGAACACUGUGGAUUUCAGACUUUGCAAGGAGUUAUGCUCUUAUAGAGGCGAAGGGGUGCUAAAAAAAUUUAUGUGCAUUGAGAAGCUCGGAUGGAGCAUCGAGGUGGAGUUUGAUCAGAGCAUCAUCCUCUGGCACAUUGCAACUGAUCUCUGUCUCAACGGUGAUGGUGGUGGUAACCAGGAUCCAGACACCGCGAGACGUGAAGCAAUCAGAGUAAUAUCGAAUUACAUGUCGUUCGUAUUAAUGAAGCGUCCUUUCAUGUUGCCCGAUGGAAUUGGGCAAAUCAGGCUCCAAGACACCCGCGCUGAGGCUGAGGUUUUCAUCCAAGAAAGGAAAGACAUACGGAACAAGAGCCUCGCCUGCAAGAAACUGCUCACGGUGGAUACUCGGAUUUCGCCGAUCCACGUAAAAGGGGAUCGGAGCAAGUCUGUGCUAUUCGAUGCGUGCAGGCUGGCGACAUCGCUGCGAUCACUGAAGACGGGAAACCAAAACGAGUGGAAAGUGAUGUUCGAGGUGUGGAUAGAGAUGUUGUGUUACGCCGCGUGUCAUUGCCGGUGGAAUCAUCAUGCUCAGCAACUUAGGAGGGGAGGAGAGCUACUCACUCACGUGUGGAUUCUCAUGACGCAUCUCGGCAUAUCUCAGCAGUUUCAAAUCUCACAGGGUCAUGCCAGAACCAAACUGAUAGUGCAGUGACUUUCUACUCAGAUUUCCUGUAAACGCCUAGGGCUUUUGUUCCAGAGCCCUUUCUUCGCCACCUCCUCAAUUACUUCAGGCCCCUUUUCCCGCCAACUUGCAAUAUUACCGGAAUGUUCAUUUCUUUAAGGUGUUUUUUUUUGCUAGAAUUUUCUUUUAGGGUGACUGCUAUGAAAAAUCUCAAACCGAUACACUGUACAUUUAUAACAAAUUUAUCCCAUAUUAGUUUUCGGUA